UGGCAUAUUGUUUGGGCUUCAUAGUGCAAAGCUGUGUUUGCUGAGGCUGAAGUUCCCCUGGAUUACAGUGUGUCGUGCGUCCCGGUUUAAGGAUGGAAGUGCAGAACAGAGCGUUGCCCUGUGUCAUCCCGGAGGAUCGGGAGGUUCAGCAUCCAGUGGUUAACGGGGUUCAGCUUGUUGAUGGCGGGGAGGAUGAAGUGCCCGUCUCCAAAUCCCAGAGGAGACGCAGUGACAUAAAAGUGUACAAGGAGUUCUGUGACUUCUAUGCACGAUUCAACAUGGCAAAUGCUCUGGCAAAUGCCAUCUGUGAGCGCUGCAAGAGUGGCUUUGAACCGGCUGAGAAGAUUGUGAACAGUAAUGGCGAGCUGUACCAUGAGCAGUGCUUCGUGUGUGCACAGUGUUUCCAGCAGUUCCCAGAGGGCCUCUUCUAUGAGUUUGAAGGGAGAAAAUAUUGUGAGCAUGAUUUCCAGAUGCUGUUUGCGCCCUGUUGUCAUCAGUGUGGCGAGUUCAUCAUUGGUCGUGUGAUAAAGGCGAUGAACAAUAGUUGGCAUCCCGACUGCUUCUGCUGUGACCUCUGCCAACAAGUCCUUGCUGACGUGGGCUUUGUGAAGAAUGCUGGCAGACACCUUUGUCGCCCUUGUCACAACCGUGAGAAAGCUAGAGGUCUGGGGAAGUACAUCUGUCAGAAGUGUCACGCAAUCAUUGAUGAGCUGCCUUUGAUUUUCAAGAAUGACCCAUACCACCCGGAUCACUUCAACUGCACCAAUUGUGGUAAGGAGCUGACUGCUGAUGCUCGUGAACUAAAAGGGGAAUUGUAUUGCCUGCCCUGCCAUGACAAGAUGGGAGUUCCCAUUUGUGGUGCCUGCCGAAGACCCAUUGAAGGGCGUGUGGUCAACGCCAUGGGCAAGCAGUGGCACGUGGAGCAUUUUGUGUGUGCUAAGUGUGAAAAGCCAUUCCUUGGCCACCGUCACUACGAACGGAAGGGAUUGGCUUAUUGUGAAACUCACUACAAUCAGCUGUUUGGUGAUGUGUGCUACCACUGCAACCGUGUGAUUGAAGGAGAUGUUGUAUCUGCACUGAACAAGGCUUGGUGUGUAAACUGCUUUGCUUGUUCUACUUGCAACACCAAGCUGACACUCAAGGACAAAUUCGUUGAGAUUGAUCUAAAGCCGGUCUGCAAGCCCUGCUAUGAGAGAAUGCCUGAGGAGCUAAAGCGUCGUCUGGCCAAACGCGAAAGAGACUCCAAAGAAAAGAAAAAGAAAAUACCAAUCUGUUUGAACAAGUUUGUGGAGUUUGACAUGAAACCUGUCUGCAAGAAAUGCUAUGAGAAGUUCCCUCUGGAGCUGAAGAAAAGACUAAAGAAGCUGGCUGAACCUGUUGGACGUAAAUAAACUGCAAGCUGUGCCCGGUUCAGACGAGAAUGCUAGCCAUACUGAGCUUGGUUAGAACCAAAAUGUGUUUAGCACACACAGAAUCUGAAGGUUUGGAAACAAAAAACUGUAUAUUCAUUGGAAAUAAAAUGGAUUUAGUUUUAAAAUAAUUUUGAAAACAGAGGUAUGAAAAGAUAAGGAUGAUAGAUUUUGUCACAGAACGAUCUUGUCGUUUUUAUAAUGUACCUUUUUAGGAUUUUGUAUUUCACACCAAUGUAUUAACAAAAAACACUUCUAUCUUAUCUAAGCCAAAUGUGUUACUUUGUCUUUCUGUACCUUCUUUUUUAUGACAAUUCUACUCCAGUGCAAAUUUAAAUUAAGUUCAUAUUAAUCCCUUUAGGGUUGUGGAGAAACGAAAACUUGUGCAACUAACAAGAACAUAGCAACUUGCAUGCUCCUAAAUUUAUGGAAUGCGUUUCUUAAUAGACAUUUAGAUUGUAAUACGCCCAAAGAAACAAUAUUAAAUGCUUUUUGUCCAAUUUGUAAUGUAGGUCUCGCUCCAUUUAUGAAACAUUUGUUAAUGUGGUUGACUACUAUUAACAAGGAAUACCUGUUUAUUGCAAUCACAUUUUAAUGAUUUGCUACUAGUGUAGAGAUUAAUGCUUGGUUAUGUAUGAAUGCCUUACAUUUUCUUGUAACAUUAUAUUGCUAUAGCCUCUUAUUAUGAUGACAUGGCUAAUGUUUAUAACACUUUCAGGACACAGAACUAGAUGCAUUAUGGAUGGUUUAUAACAGAUUUUUAAACCAAGAUGUUACCAAUUUUAGUGAAGUGGUGAUUUCUUAAUGGUGUAAUAGUCAAGCCUAUUGGAAACUAGUCAGCCCCAACCCCCACCCCACAGUGUACAUGCAGCAUAGAAAGUGAGCGAGUGGGUCCGAAUACAUGACAACUUUGACCUGAAAAUAACAUGACAAGGAACAAGCAAAAAAGGGAAGUUGUUAGAAAGUGUAUUUUCAAAGACUUGAUUUUAAUGUGGCUUUUAAAAUGGACUGUUUCUAUUGGCACUGUUGUAUAGCCUGCUAUUUUCGCUGCAUGUUUAUUAUAAAAUUUCACUGUGCUGUCAUGAGCCUUAAUGCAACGUCUUGCUGUAUUUUCCAAUUAUUUUAUUUUUAAUUAUGCUUUAUAUUGAGCUUUUCAUAAUUUGUUAUUUCUUUUGUUUCUUGUGCCUUCUUUUAAAAAUAGCAGUUCAGUUAGCAAUACUCUUCAACUGUGUAGCCCAAAUGCUAUGUUUGGACAACGUGUACGUUUGCAGGUUAGAUUUGUAUUUGUAUUUUUUUUUUUUUUUUUUUUUUUUUUUUUUUUUUUUUUUUGUUAAAAUCACACUGCCUUAAAUGUAAACAACCUGAAGUAUCAGAUAAUUAGAAAACUAUGGUUAUUUUUGAAGUCCACAUUUAUAUAUUAAGAAAAUAUAUCAAACAAGGGAUGGGAUGAAUAAAUAAAUGAGAUGUACACCUGUAAUGAAAACGGUGCUCAGGACUUCAAAGAAUUAACUAUAAAGUAUUGUUUGCGUACCAUGGAACAAUGUUACAUUUCUAGAACAUUUCAUAUGGAUUUAUUGAUCAGAAUAAGUCAUGAAAAAAUAUGGCACAGUCUGUUUCUUUAGUAAUAGUAAACGGCAUUGUUAACUACAAAAAGCAAUACUGCAUGUUGGUUUAACUUAAAAUUGUAUGUAUACUAAUCAUUGCAUCAAUUUUCUAGUAUGUUUCUUAUGUUAUUCACAGUGACAUAUUCCAGUAUUUAAUAAAAUCUAUACCACCAAA